UCAUUUUUAUCCAAAAUGCUCAAACUGUGUAUCCUGUGCGUCCUUUGUGUCACUUGUACUUCUAGUACUGUUUUAAACAAUUCAAAAUUGUUCACUCAAUGGCGGGAAUUGUCCACACAAAUAUUCUUAAAUACCAAUGUUUUACGACCAGAGUGUCAAAAAGCGUAUGAAACAUUUCUCGAAGAGAUAAAUGAAAAUAACUUAAAUGCUUUGAAAAUGUUCGAUGCCACAGCCAAAGUGCCGUCAGGAAUUUUGAAUGGCAAUAUUGUGCAAUAUGGCGAUUUUAAUGAAUGUAUGGAAGUGGAAACGGCCCAAUAUUGUCUCGUUGAAAUUGAUUUUGAUCCACUGUGGAACGAAUCAUUAUCCGAGUACAAGGAUUUAGUCCAAUCUUUUAAUUUUUUUAAGGACACAUUUGAUGCUCCUGCUCAUAGAAUACCUGGUUUUACCAUGGCCCGUUGGGGAUUUUGUAUACCCCAAGAAUGUUCAGCAGAAGAUUUAGAAAAGUCGCUAAGUGCAAAUUUGGGUGUUUCAGCUCAAAUUCGACCGGGAAUGUGUCAGAAAGCAACGAAAGAAAAUAAAAUUUUCACCACAGGGGAUUACAUUGCUAGAUUAUUUUUUAUUUUGGUCCUUCUGGCAGUUGUUUCUUCAACAUUGUUCGAUUAUUAUAGAGACGGCAAAGGCGAUUCGCACACAAAUGUCUUACUAUUAAAAAUACUGAUGUGUUUCUCAUUGCGCCAAAACGUGUCAAAAUUUUUAGAAGUGAAAGAGAACGAUGGCGAGGAAAUAGCUGGCCUACAUGGUAUUCGCUUCUUGAAUGCUUUAGCUCUACUCAUGUCCCAUAAAAGUAUUUCACUAUUUUUUAAUCCAUUUAUGAACCGAACAGCUGCAGUUGAUAGAUUGAGCCGACCUUGGACUAUUAUUGCAAAAAAUGCAAUUGUUUAUACAGAUGUCUUCAUGCUUAUAAGUGGAUUACUAAACGCUAACGCUUUAUUAAAAGAUUUACACAAUGGACGUACUAUGAAAUUCAAGGAAAAAAUAAUCAACAGGAUAUUCAGAAUUCUUCCGAACGUAAUUGCCCUAAUUCUAUUUUGCACGUAUAUUUUACCACUGCUGGGGUCUGGACCAUUAUGGCCUGUAGUUGUCGAUCACCAUUCAACAUUAUGCAAACAGCACAUGUGGAAAAAUAUUUUUUUCAUCCAUAAUUAUUUUGGAUUUGAAAAUAUGUGUUUAACUCACACUCACCAGUUAGGCAUUGAUAUGCAACUGUUUCUAGUUACACCAAUUUUUAUUUACUUAAUCUGGACAUUUAAAGGAAUUGGAUUAUUUUUGAUGGGAGUUGUAGCUCUACUUUCAACGAUUCUUAGAUUUUGGGUUUCGUAUGAAAAUGAAUUGACGAGCGUUAUUUACUUUGGCAUAUCAGUUUCAAAAAUGUUUUCAGUGGCUACUUUAUCAUACAUUUUACCAACUCAUCGAGCAACUAUUUAUUUAAUAGGUGUUUAUUUAGCAUACAUAUUAAAAUUCUCUAAACCAACUACAUCAUUUACUAAGUGGCAAGUUGCACUUUUGUGGUGUUUUUUCCUACCAAUGUUUCUGGGUACUUGGUUAGGACCGUACCAUAUGGUAACAAAAGAUUAUGUGUACGAUAAAUUAGAAGCCUCCUAUAUUCUUGCUUUAUACCCAAUUUUCUGGGGCUCUAGCGUGGCAUUUGGAAUUUAUGCCACAAAUAAAAAUAUUGCAGGCUGGUUGGGAAAAUUGUUAAAUUGGAAAUAUUUUCAAAUUUCAACAAAACUAGCUUACGCUUUGUAUUUGGUUCAAUUUCCAAUUUUUUUCUAUAACGUAGGACAGACGAAACAUGUUGAUGAAUACCGUACAUAUUUACAAUUGGAGAUUGUGGAAACUGUUGUUAUCAUAGUUUGUUCUCUUUUGCUUGUUCUUUUUAUUGAAAUGCCUUUUCAAAAUAUUAAAAAAGUAUUAUUUGAUCAACCCAAAAGACUUCAUAGCAAAUACCAUCAUAUGCGCGUCAAGGAUUUCAAAAGUGGUUAAAAAUAAAUUGGAAAAAAGUCAUAUAUAUUUUUAAGUGUUUCUUAUUUAUUGAUUUUUACGAAUACAAUUAAAAAAACAAAAUAUCAAUACAUUAUAUUCUUUCUCUA